AAUUUUUAACACCUGAAAACAGCAAAGACUUUUGGAAAGUUUAGUGAGGCAGCUUCACAGAGGGAGGAAGGUAUUCUUCUAGAAGGGCUCAGAGGAACGAAACCAUGUCUAAACUAGUAGAAUGCGUCCCCAAUUUCUCCGAAGGAAGGAACAAAGAGAUUAUUGAUGCACUGGCUGCAGCUAUUUCACAGACUGAGGGAUGUCGCCUGCUAGACGUCGACCCUGGAGCUUCCACCAACCGCACAGUGUACACUUUUGUGGGUUCUCCAGGGGAUGUUGUUGAAGGAGCCUUGAAUGCAGCACGGGUGGCUUUUAAGUUAAUAGACAUGAGCAAACACAAAGGAGAGCAUCCUCGUAUGGGAGCACUGGACGUGUGUCCCUUUAUUCCCGUCAGGAAUGUAACCAUGGCAGAAUGUAUAUCUUGUGCAAAUAUCUUUGCAGAGAAACUGUCUGAAGAACUGCAUGUUCCCGUUUAUCUGUAUGGAGAGGCAGCUCGCAGUGAAAGUCGAAGAGCUCUUCCAUCUGUGAGAGCUGGAGAGUAUGAAGCCCUUCCCACAAAGCUACAAAAUCCAGAAUGGAGUCCAGAUUAUGGAGAUUCAGUGUUUGUUCCAAGCUGGGGGGCAACUGCAAGUGGUGCUCGUAAAUUUCUUAUUGCAUAUAAUAUUAAUUUACUGACUACCAAAGAACUGGCUCAUCGCAUUGCCCUGAACAUUAGAGAAGGAGGUCGUGGGAAAGGACAGCCUGGUCGUCUGAAAAAAGUGCAGGCUAUUGGAUGGUAUCUUCAGGAAGAGAACAUGGCACAAGUGUCUGCGAAUUUACUGGAUUAUGAGGUCACUCCACUACAUGUGGUAUACGAGGAAACACGCAAGGAUGCCAAGGAGUUGAGCCUUCCAAUACUUGGUUCACAGUUGGUUGGUUUGAUCCCCCUUAAAGCACUGUUGAUGUCUGCAGAGUAUUAUAUGAAAGAAGAAAAUUUGUUCUUGCUGGAAGAGGAUCACAAAAUCCGCCUGGUUAUUAACAGACUUGGACUGGAUUCUUUGGCUCCCUUUGAACCUAGGAAAAGAGUCAUUGAGUACCUUGUACAAGAUGAGUAUUCUGGGGCUCUCGUCACACAGACAGUAAAAAAGUUUGUACAAAAUGUGGGAGCACGCACAGCUACACCCGGUGGAGGCUCAGUUUCGGCUGCUGUCUCUGCUAUGGGAGCUGCUUUGGGCUGCAUGGUGGGGCAGAUGACUUAUGGAAAGCGUCAGUUUGAAUCUCUGGACGGUGUGAUGAGAGAACUGAUUCCUUCUUUCCAUAAUGCGCUGGAAGAUUUGCUGGACCUCGUAGAUGCGGAUUCGAAUGCAUUUGCAAGCUACAUGGCUGCCCUGAAGCUUCCAAAAGACACAGAACAACAACAGCAGAAUAGGCGGUUCACUGCUCUACAGGAUGGUCUAAAGGAAGCAGUGGGGGUUCCAUUAAGCCUGGCUGAGAAAGUCAACACGUUGUGGAAGCCCCUGCUAGAGCUUUCUAAACAUGGCAAUAAUGCAUGUAUAUCUGACCUUCAGGUGGCAGCAAAGGCUUUAGAAACUGGAGUGUUUGGGGCUUAUUUUAAUGUCCUUAUCAACCUUCGAGAGAUCAAAGAUGAGGAGUUUAAAAGCCAGACCCAAAAGAAAGCAACGCAACUAUUGGAUGAAGCAAAGAAUAACGUUCAGUCUGUGUUACAAAUUUGUGAGGGGCGCAACUGAAAUCUCUGAGAAUAAAUAACUAUUAUUGCAA